GGCACACAGGAGAAGUGAUACACAAGUCUCACCGAGGAGCUGCAGUCACAGCUUCCUCCUGCACACUUUUCUGCUCUGACCACUGGAGGCUCUCAGCAGCUUAUGCGUCACUUCACCUCUCAGUCGCUGAUCAUGGCGGAGCUACAGCUACAGCAUGAAGUGGAGCCUCAACUUCUCAAUGGGGACGACUUGACCGAGGAGAGAGAGGAUGCGGACGCGUCAGAGUCAGUGAAGAAAAAGAGAAGAAAGAAGAAGAGGAAUAAGACCACGGCACCAGCAGGGACAAAUGAAGCUGAGGGGGAUGGAGAAGCCGGAGGUGUUGGUGAUGUGACAAAACAGUUGGAGCAGCAAACACUGGCGGACAAAGAGAGGGAGGAGGAUGGAGAUGAAGGUAACUCCUCACCACCACCACCACCACCAUCAUCAUCAUCAUCAUCUGCAGUGGUGAUUGUGUUGAACUUUAAAAGCCUGUAUGGGGAUGAAGGAGAGAACUCAGCUGGAAAAAAGAAGAAGAAGAAGAAAAAGAAGAAAGGAUUGAAGGGACAGACUGACCCUCCCUCAAUCCCUAUUUGUGAGCUCUUUCCCAGCGGAGACUUUCCAAAGGGAGAGGAGUGUGAAUAUCCACCAUCGAAAGACGGGCGCAGUGCAGCGUGGCGGACCACCAGCGAAGAGAAGCGGGCGCUGGACAGGGCCAACGAGGAGAUGUGGAGUGAUUUCAGGGAGGCGGCCGAGGCACAUCGGCAGGUCCGCUCGUAUGUCAGGAGCUGGAUCAAACCAGGGAUGACCAUGAUUGACAUCUGUGAGAAGCUGGAGGACUGCUCCAGGAGGCUCAUCAAAGAAAAUGGGCUAAAGGCAGGCCUGGCGUUCCCCACUGGCUGCUCCAUCAACCACUGUGCUGCCCACUACACCCCAAACGCAGGAGACCCCACGGUGCUGCGCUACGACGACGUCUGCAAAAUUGACUUUGGAACGCACAUCAAUGGUCGAAUUAUAGACUGUGCCUUCACCGUUACUUUCAAUCCAAAGUAUGACAGGCUGCUGGAGGCUGUGAGAGAUGCAACUAACACCGGCAUUAAGUUUGCAGGAAUUGAUGUGCGCCUGUGCGAUGUUGGCGAGACCAUUCAGGAGGUCAUGGAGUCUUACGAAGUGGAGAUAGAUGGGAAAACAUAUCAAGUGAAGCCAAUCAGGAAUCUCAACGGCCACUCCAUCGGACAGUACAGGAUACACUCAGGGAAGACAGUCCCUAUUGUUAAAGGAGGAGAAGCCACAAGGAUGGAGGAAGGUGAAGCCUACGCCAUUGAGACAUUUGGCAGCACAGGGAGAGGUGCCGUCCACGAUGACAUGGAGUGCUCACAUUACAUGAAAAACUUCCAUGUUGGACACGUACCAAUAAGACUUCCAAGGGCUAAACAUCUGCUGAAUGUAAUCAAUGAGAACUUUGGCACUCUGGCGUUCUGCCGCCGCUGGCUGGACCGCCUGGGCGAGAGCAAGUACCUGAUGGCGUUGAAGAAUCUGUGUGACCUUGGCAUCAUAGACCCGUACCCACCUCUCUGCGACAUCAAGGGCAGCUACACGGCCCAGUACGAGCACACCAUCCUACUCAGGCCCACCUGCAAGGAGGUAGUGAGCCGGGGAGACGACUACUGAGCAUGCGCCCAGAACUGGAGGCGGAGCAGGAGGAGCAUGACAGCUCAAAGACAACAAACCUCUGCAGACUGAUCGCAAUUAUGCAAUAUUUCUCUGAUAAAAAUUUCCAAUGCUUUAGUAGGUAAUUAUUCUAGCAAGAGCAAAAGACUUGUGUCAUGGCAAUAGCUUACUAGUGUUUAUUUUUCCAAAGAAUCAACCCAGUAGACAAAGGGCAUAUCUUUAUGAAAUGUAGUGUUGUCAUUUUAGUCAUAUUUUAACGUGCUGCUUUUAGGAAAUAUGCAAAAAAUAUAUGCAAAUGAAACAUGCAAAAAAUGGUUUUGGCGAACGCCUCGCCUGGAAAUGCUUUGCUUCACUGCGUUGUUAAGACCUUGUGAGGAAACUGCAAUGAAAUAUUUAUAUUUCUAUAUUUCUUUGCUUGAGGCAGUUUUAUAAGAAAUAAAUUGUUAUAAAUCUUG